AUGGCAAAUUGCAUAGUUCUCUUUUGUUCGGCGUUCCUGUCGUUUGCAGCUGUGAUCCUGGCCUGCGUGGCCUGUGCAGGUUCCACAAAGAAUUACAAUCCAAUAAAUAAGAUCUUCGAAGCACAAUUGGACCUUUCGGGUCUCAAUGUUUCCCAAGUGCUCUCAGGCUUGGGCUCUUCUAUUCCGUCCUUGGAAGAGCUAGGUUUGCCUUCUUAUGUCAACCUUGGCCUGUGGUCUUACUGCCUGGCGAAUUCCUCCGGUAUCGUUUCCAACUGUACGUCGCCAUCCGGCAUCCAGCAAUUUAACCUCACAAACAUAAUCUACGACAACAUCAAUGACAAUCAAGUCGCCAAUCUGAUCACCAGCGUCGCCCAAAUCACACUUCCUGAUAAGCUGGAAGACAACAUGACCUACUACAACAACCUUGUCAAGUGUUGUUUCAUCACGCUGAUCAUCGGAAUUAUCGCCAGCGGGCUCAAUCUAGUGGUGAACAUAUUACGCUGGAUUUUGCACUUCGUGAUUAUCACUUGGAUUUGUCGGUUCUUCGCUCUCAUUGCGUUCCUGAGUCUCCUUAUUUCAGCUGGGACAAGCACGGGAACGUACGUUUACAUUAGACAUGCGUUAGCGGACAAUUACGACACUUAUGGCAUGAAAAUGAAUUUGGGUGUCAUCUUUUAUGCUUUACUAUGGGCCAGUGUAAGUGCUGCGCUUCUGAAUUUAAUAUGCUUGUCGGCCGCCAGACCUAAACGUCAUAUCUACGACAGACCUAUUGAGGAAAAACCGCUACUUUAA